CACUAGGUCGCAUUAACAUCGGUGCCAUUGAGUUCACACAAUAUGAAGGAGCACAGCGGCAGGCAAAAACCAACUCCAGAUUUUUCAAAUCGGUGCGUUUGCCCGUUUUGCACCCGCAUAAUGUAACAGUAAACGACACAUUACAAGCUACGAGAAUGGGAGCCAAAAGCUGGCUUUUAUUUUGACUGCAAGAAUGUGGUGCGGGGAGCCCUGACAAUACGCCGUUCAGCUUUCAAAUGGAAGAUUGGCUACUCCAGCUCGUUUCGGUGGAAAUGUUGCCGCUGCUUUUUUCACACAGACCCUUUUUAAUCGCCAUGGAUCUUCGGAUUUGGAUUCUUUUACCUCUGUCGUGUCUUGGGCUGUGAAAAAGAGAAAGACAGGCUACGCCGAUCGACCGGGAGGCAACAUUCUCUGCCUACCUCGACAUUUUGCUACCAGGGAUUUAAAUAAUCACGUGCUACAACAACGGGAAGAUUUUUUUUUCUUCUUAAUCAGAAUUGAUGUGGCCGUCUGACCUUUAAUGAGUUCAACCUGGAGGGCAAAAUGAGUAGGGAAAGGCCGAAGAGAAAUAUCAUUCAAAAGAAAUUUGAUGAUAAUGAUGGGAUCCCGUGGUCAGAAGAGAGAGUGGUCCGCCGGGUGCUCUACCUCUCACUUAAAGAGUUUAAAACGGCUCAGAAGAGUAAAGUGGAGAACGGCACUGGAAGAGUUAAUGGCUCCUUUGCUAAUGGUCAUUUGAAUGGAUCGGGCACUAAAGGUGGCCUGUUUGCGGGAAGCUGUAAGUCAGAACGGACCCAGCAUGCAGCGCAGAGCAAAGAGCGCAACCAUGAGUUCUCAAUGGACGGGCCUGUCAGGAAGAGGCCAAGACUGCAGGCUCAGAGGAAGUUUGCUCAGUCUCAUCCGUGUUCACCAAACGCCACCCCGCUGAAGGUGCUGGACGCCCUGAGCCCGACCCCUGCCGCCCUGCUCAACCAUCUCACACGACGCAAACCCAAAACUGAAGACUUCCUCACUUUCCUCUGUCUGAGAGGCUCUGCUGCGCUGCCCAGCAACAUGACAUACUUUGGUAGCGCUAAAGAUGAUGAAGAUGUGGAUGAGGAAGAUGACGAGGAAGAGGAAGAAGAAAGUGCCAGCAACGCCCCUGCUUCCUGCCAGUCCACUCCACGCAAGAGCAAAGGACCCAACAAAUGCAUCGCCAACGGUCAUGUGUUUAAUGGACAGACACGAGCUGCUGAGGUGCGCGAGAGCAGUCUGAGGGCCAGAGGGAAAGAUGGGAAGGAGAAACACCCUGUAGCAUCAGCUAGAAGCUCCACUACACACAAUCUACGACCCAACAGAGCAGUGCAAGAACAAAAACAACAGGCCUCCAAAAUGAACGGGACAUCGGGAGCCUCCGCCGUCAGUUCUCGAAAGACGAGAGAGCUGCGAACUCCCCCGACCAAAGCUGUGAAAUACCCCAAGGGCCACGUGACGUACACCAAAGCCAGACUGCUCAAAGAGGCCAAGCUCAGCCUGAGCACACACACACACACACACUCUCAGACCUCCAACUCAGGAAAAGCCCAAACCAGCCACGCCAAGAUGCAAAAACAGGUGCUAUCACCAGCAACCGCUGGACGGCUAAGUGGGACAGACACUUUCCCCCCCAGACGAAACGGACUACGGCAGUCAAAGAGGCAGCUGGAGUUAGCCGGAGCGGAGGUCGAGGUGAAGAGGGUCAAAGUGCACGUGGUUCCUUUGGAGACCCGCAGUAGGAAAGCAGCUCAGGAGACGCAGGCCAGACCACAGCCGCCAGGAUCACAGCGGCCCAAACGGGCCUCGGCCGGGAAGCUCAUGUUCACCAAACAGAUGCACUGCAAAGCCAGCGUUCUGGCCAAGAACAGCCCCACUACCUCAACACGAGACAUUCUGAGACCAGCCAACUCCCCCAAACUAUCAGAGACCCCCAGAACAAGCAAUGCUCUAAAACAAGGCCAUCCUUCAAAUAUGACUGAGCCCUUCUCAUCUGAGCCCAAGGAGCGAGGCCGGCGCAGUGCCGAGAUCACAGAGCUGCCCGUCUUCUAUCCCAACACACAUGAGUUUCAUGACCCGUUGACUUUUAUGGAGUUGGCACGGGGGCAGGCCGAGGCGUUUGGGUUGUUCCGGGUUGUUCCGCCAGCAGGCUGGCGUCCCGAGUGUAAGCUUAAAGAGGAGAUGCGCUUUGUUUCAUACGUGCAGCAUGUACACAAGCUGGGCAGACGCUGGGGCCCCAAUGUACAGCGGCUGGCCUGCAUCAGGAGACACCUGCGCACACAAGGCAUCAACAUGGAGGAGCCUCCGCUUAUAGGUGGCUGUGAGCUGGACCUGGCCAGAUUCUUCCAGAUCAUCAAUGAAAUGGGGGGCAUGCAGCAGGUGACAGACCUGAAGACGUGGGGCCGGCUGGCGGAUCUGCUGGGCAUCCCGCGCUCUGCUCAGGAUCGGCUGGCCAAGCUCCAGGAGGCCUACUGCCAGUACCUGCUGUCUUACGACUCCCUGUCACCAGCGCAGAGGGCACAGCUGGAGAAGGAGGUGCUGGCAGAGAAGGAGGCCCUGGAGAGAAGAAAUGGACCCCUCGAGGGCCAGGGAGACAUAGCGCAGCACGCCGCUUUGCAGCUUCCUCGCUGCGAGCCCAAAAACGGACUGGUGAACGGAGCGCUGCACCGAAGCGGAGCGCGAGAACACCUCCGAGAGCUCGACCCCACGGCAAAAAGCACCCGGCAGAGGAGACUGGAGAAAAGAGGAGAGGAAGAAGGGAUGAUCAGUGAACAACACAAAUGCAUAUACAGGGGGAAAUCGUUCUCUUUGACAACAUUCUUCAGGGCAGCCAGGAACACUAUGAACAUGUGCUUCAGCAAAGAGCCGGACACGGCUGAAGUCGAGAAAGAGUUCUGGCGAUUGGUUGAUGAAAAGGAAAGCCAUGUUGCUGUGCACUGUGGAAGAGUUGACACAAAGACUCAUGGGAGUGGAUUUCCUGUGGGCAAGUCUGAGCCAUUUUCAAAGCAUGGAUGGAAUCUUAAUGUCCUUUCCAAUAACUCAGGAUCCAUCUUACGUCAUCUUGGUGCUGUGCCAGGGGUGACCAUCCCCUGGCUGAACAUAGGCAUGGUCUUUUCUACCUCAUGCUGGUGUCGGGACCAGAACAGCCUUCCGUAUAUUGAUUAUCUACACACUGGUGCUGACUGCAUUUGGUACUGUAUUCCAGCUGAAGAGAAAUCCAAACUUGAUAAAGUAGUUCACACACUGCUACAGGCUAACGGCACUCCAGGGCUGGAGAUGCUGGAGAGAAACAUUAUGAUUUCUCCAGAGGUGCUCCGUCGCAAAGGGGUGAAAGUGUACCGGACAGUGCAACACAGUGGCCAGUUCAUGGUUUGUUUCCCAGGGACGUUUGUGUCUAAGGUGUGUUGUGGCUACAGCGUCUCAGAGACCGUACACUUCGCCAACCUCCAGUGGAUGAAACUGGGCUAUGAGGCAGCUAAGGAUCUGAAACGGCGUCGUAUUGAGGAGCCCUUUUCAACAGAGAAACUGCUCUACCAGAUCACCACAUGUGAGCGGGACAACAAGCAGCUCAUGACUGCCGUCUCCAGUCUCUUCAGAGAUCUCAGGGAUGCAGAGAUUCGCCAGCGCAGGGAGCUUUUUGAGGCCGGGCUCCGUCUGUCUGCCAGAUACGGCACAAACUGUGAAUCUCCCACAGAGAGGAGGAAGCAGCAGCGCUCCAGAUUCACUGAAGACACGGCCGACAGACGCUGUCAAGUGUGCCAGCAUCUCUGCUACCUCUCUAUGGUGGUUCAUGAGAGUGAUAAUGUGGUUUUCUGUCUGGAGUGUGCUCUCCGCUACAUCCAGAAACGCAGGUCUCCCCGCGGCCUCAAGAUGAUGUUCCGCUACUCUGAGGAGCAGCUCAACAGUCUGGUGAAUCGAGUGUGUGGCCGAGCUCUGGAAAAAGCUGGAGUCAAGCAAAGAAGCGUCGGCUCCAGCAAAGCACCAGCAAAGCGGAGCCCCAGAAACAAGAGCUCGGGCCCCGUCCCCCUGUCCAGCUCGGGACGCUCAUAAACCACAACAUUCCUCUCCUUUUAUAUCAGGUGUUCCUAAUACUUGUGUACAAACACUCUUCAAUACUCUUUGUACCUAGUGUAUAAUAUCAAUACAACAAUCUGUUCUAUUGCACUUUUGUAUUACAGAUGCGUGUAGUUGCCGGCUGGUUAGUCAAUAUAUUGAAUGUACGGAGGUUAAGUGUUACAUCGCGUUUCGUGUCGAAUACACAACUGUUUGGGGCACCUGACAUAAGACUAUUGGGUCUCAUUCAACAAGCACGACCUUUUGCACUAGUAUUGAGAUUGGUUUUUAGAUGAGUAUUUUUGGGUUGUUUUAGCAUUAAAUCGAGUAUAGAUAUGCGUAUACAUAGAUAUAAAUAUAUCCUAUACUAUUCCUAUCAUUUGUGUUUAACUGGUGCUGUAGUGACACUUUUCUCCAUCACCCUUAAAGCCUGUUGGUCUCUUGGGCUCAUGGCUAUUAUGGAUUAAAGCACAACGUAUGCUUUGAUUUUUAUGCGUAUGGUGAAUGCGUUGAAAAUUUCAUCAUCGCUUACACACAAUAUUUUUCCCCGUUAUCGCUCCUAUUAUGUGAUCUCUCGUUUCAGCAGCUUUCUAACAUAUGUGUGUAAUGUCACUGAGAAGGGCCCAGGCCUGUUUCAAUAAGGAGGCUCAAUUAAAUGACUUAAAACUUUAACUUGGGGAAUCUCUUGAGUUUUUGGUUUCAGAAGAGAUGAAUUUAGUUAGCUCAAUCAACUCUGAGUAGAGUAAUGCCACAGUCACAUUAGAGUUUGAGGUUCAUACGGCGCUGCGAAAAGGGGCAAGAUUGAACAAGAUGAUUAGACGUUUAAAAAAAGCAAGCGAUUGGUCCAUAUUUUACAUUUCUGUCCAGCGAGCUCAUGUUUUCAUCUUCAAUUUUGCAGGUCAGGGUUCACCAAGCUUGAACUUUGCAAUGCAGCGAACUGCGAAACUUGUGGCACGAGCUUGCAUUUCCGGUCUGCCGCAUUCGCAUGCGUAUGAAUGGAAGUCUAUGGGGUGAAAAGUGCAGUGUGACUGCGGCUUAACUCAGAGUUAUUACUGUUCACUGUUAGAAUAUCACUGCAAGAAAAUCUGGGAUUAGGUUCACAGAGUAAUUUACCAUGGCAACUGAUUCUGAGAAUAAGUUUCCUCCCUUUUAAAAAUGGUCUUGACUUAAGCUGCGGUCACACUGCACCUUUCUUCCUGUAGACUUCCAUUCACACAGAUGCGAAUGCGGCAGACCUGAAAUGCAAGCUCGUGAAACAAGUUUUGCAUGUCACUGCAUUGCAAAGUUCAAGCAUUGUGAACUCUGACCCAUAAAAUCGCAUCACAUGAUUGCGUGAGACCAAUCGAAGACAAAACCUGACCUUUGUGUACAGAAAUGUAAAGUAUGGAGCAAUCGCUAGCUUUUUUAAAAUGUUUAAUCAUCUUGUUUAAUCCCGCCCCUUUUGCAGCGCCAUAUGACAGAAUUUUACAUGCUCAAACUCUAGUGUGACCGCAGCUUUACCCAUUCUGGAGUGGAAAACCUGGAGUUUCCCCUCAUUUCAGGCUUAACAUACUCAGAGUUUUCACUUAACCUCCUUUCAGAAUGAGCUUCUGGAAACAAUAGCAUAACAAAGUAACAAAAGGUAUGUGGUGUUUUGUACUUAUUGUGUAUGGCAAGCUGUUUAACAUUUAAUACAUAAAAAAUACUAGAACAGGGGUGGGCAAACUCGGUCCUGGAGGGCCAGUGUCCUGCACAGUUUAGCUUCAACACUAAUCAAACACACCUGAACAUGCUAAUCAAUGUCUUCAAGAUCACUAGAAAUCUAUAAGCAGGUGUGUUUGAUUAGAGGUGGAGCUAAACUGUGCAGGACAUCGGCCCUCCAGGACUGAGUUUGUCCACACCUGUACUAGAAUGUUUUCCCUUAAAUACUAUGACCUAUUCAUUGGCUACAAGUUAUUCCUCAUUUCUUAUAUACUAGUACUUCUUUCGGUGGUGACUAGUAUCAAUUCUGCUACAAAACAUUUGAUGAUCUGUCUUUAACUACAUAGGGUGGAUUGCAAUUUGAAUGGGUCUCUCUGAAGGGAUUAGAGCACAGGCGUCAAACUACGUUUCCGAAGGCCAGAAGCUCUGCACAGUUUAGUUUCAACCCUAAUUAAACACACCUGAUCGUACUAAUUAAGUCCUUCAGUCUUGUUUGAAACCCUACAGCAGUGGUGUCCAAACUCUGUCCAGGAGGGCCGGUGUCCUGCAGAUUUUAGCUCCAACUUGCCUCAAUACACCUGCAAGGAUGUUUCUAAAAAGCCUAGUAAGACUUGAUUAGCUAGCCCAGGUGUGUGUGAUUAGGGUUGGAACUAAACUCUGCAGGGCACCGGCCCUCCAGGACCUAGUUUGGGCAACCCUGCCCAACAGCAUAGGUCUCAAACUGAAUUCCUGAAGGGCCAUGGCUCUGCACAGUUUUGCUUCAACCCUAAUCAAACACAGCCUAUGCUCUACAGUUAAGUGUGUUGAAGCAGGGUUGCAACUACAGUACGCAGGGCUGCGGCCCUUCAGGAACCCAGUUUGACACCACUGGAUUAGAGCAUAGGGAUGAGCCCUUCUGAAUUGAGUGCAGUGUGUGACACCAAACAGCUUCCCAGCUCAAAAGAUCAUUUUUUAAAGUGUCCAUCAGUUGUAAUUUUCCAAACACCAUUCCAAAGGGCCCUUCAAAGUGGCCAGUUUUGAUUUGUUAUCAAACGAGAAUGUAAUGGUGUAUACUAGUACUAGAUUCUGGAUCAUAGGUCUUAAACUCAAUUUCUGGAGAGCCACAGCUCUGCAAAGUUUUGCUCCAACCCUAUCAAACACAGCUGAUCUAGUAGUGUCUAAUAGUCUUGAACACCUUAAGGUGCGUUUGAUUAGGGUUGGAGUAAAACUGUGCAGAGCUGCGGCCCUCCAGGAAUUUUGAGAGUGUGAGACUUAUGUUCUGGAUGCUAGUGUCUAAAAAAGUACUAAUAGGAUGAAAACAGAUGUAACAUGUAGUGUCAAAAGUAUCAUCUUCCAUACCAAUAGAUACUGACAUUUUAAAAACGUCCAUUUGCUAUUAACCUUUGAGCACCGUUGAUCAUGUUCAGAAACACUGCUGAUUGGCCGUUGUUUUCAUGUGCUCAACAAAAAUGAUUGCGACUGGCGAGAAAGUGUUAGUGGGAAAUGGAUGGAUUGGUAGUUCAGUCAAUAUGUCUUUACUAUAUAACAUGUUAAAACAGCUUGCCAUACAGUGACAUUUU